GUGGAAUAUGGUCCAGACGGUGGUGGGGAAGCCGGAGCUGUCGCCGCCGUUGCUGCUGUCACCGGGUCGGAGGAUCGAUAACGACAGGGAGAAAGACAGAAGAAUAUGCCAGUCUCCACGUAGACUGAGCGGCGGGAUUACAGUGGCGGCGAUCAGCUUGCACCGGGUUUUAAUCAAUGAAAUGUUGGUGUGUGUUUCAUUGCACCGGCGUCUUCCCCAGUAAAUGAUGAAGAAACAAUUCAAUCGGAUGCGACAGCUCGCCAACCAGACAGUGGGCAGAGCUGAAAAGACAGAAGUAUUGAAUGAAGAUUUGCUUCAGGUGGAGAAACGUCUCGAGUUGGUAAAACAAGUCUCACACAGCACUCAUAAAAAACUCACAGCAUGUCUCCAGGGCCAACAAGGUGUGGACGGCGACAAAAGAUCGAAGAAGCUGCCAUUAACAACAUUGGCACAAUGUUUAGUGGAAGGGUCUACAAUUCUGGGUGAAGACUCUUUGCUGGGGAAGAUGCUGAAGAUGUGUGGAGACACAGAGGAUAGACUAGCCCAGGAACUCAUCCUGUUUGAGCAACAGAUAGAAAGGGAUGUCAUUGAGCCAUUGUUUGUGUUAGCUGAGGUGGACAUCCCCAAUAUCCAAAAACAGAGAAAACAUUUAGCAAAACUAGUAUUGGACAUGGACUCAGCUAGAACACGGUGGCAACAGUCGUCGAAAUCGUCAGGAUUGUCGAGCAAUCUGCAGUCGUCUGGUGCCAAGGCCGAUGCGCUCAGGGAAGAAAUGGAGGAAGCAGCGAACCGGGUGGAGAUCUGCAGGGAUCAGCUGGCAGCGGACAUGUACAGUUUUGUGGCCAAAGAAAUAGACUAUGCAAAUUAUUUUCAGACACUAAUAGAAGUGCAAGCUGAGUAUCACAAGAAGUCAUUAGUGCUGUUACAGAGCAUACUGCCUCAAAUUAAAGCUCAACAAGAGGCUUGGAUAGAAAAGCCAUCCUUCGGCAAACCACUGGAAGAACAUCUGGCUAUAAGUGGACGAGAAAUUGCAUUUGCUGUCGAGGCCUGUGUGACAAUGUUGCUGGAGUGUGGCAUGCAGGAAGAGGGCCUUUUCAGAGUAGCUGCUUCUGCCUCCAAACUGAAGAAGCUGAAGGCUUCACUCGACUGUGGUGUGCUGGAUGUGCAAGAAUACUCUGUGGAUCCUCAUGCUGUAGCAGGAGCUCUUAAAUCAUAUCUCCGCGAGCUACCCGAACCUUUGAUGACAUUUGAAUUGUAUGAUGAAUGGAUACAGGCAUCGAAUAUUCAGGACCAAGAUAAGCGGCUUCAAGCAUUAUGGAAUGCCUGUGAGAAGUUGCCCAAGACAAAUUACAACAAUUUCAGAUACUUGGUAAAAUUCUUAGCCAAACUAACAGAAUACCAAGAUGCCAACAAGAUGACACCUGGUAACAUGGCGAUUGUACUGGGACCCAACCUGCUCUGGACAGCCAAUGAAGGGUCCAUGACUGAAAUGAUGACAACAGUUUCCAUACAAAUUGUGGGAAUUAUUGAACCCAUAAUUCAACAUGCCGAUUGGUUCUUCCCAGGAGAUAUUGAGUUUAACGUGACUGGAAGCUACGGGAGCCCAUUGCACACCAAUCACAACGCAAACUACAACUCCAUGCCCUCUCCAGACAUUGAUCAUUCAGACCGCAAGCAGCAUGAUCAGGCACGGCGACCCCUCAGUGUUGCCACGGACAAUAUGAUGCUGGAAUUUUACAAAAAGGAUGGCAUGGGUGUGAGGGUGAUGGACACCUCCUGGGUGGUCCGUAGAGGCUCCUCCAUUGUCCGAAAGCCAUCCUCCACCCCACCUGGCAUGCAGCCCCCUCCUCCGCCCGCUGAACCUGCCGCCACGUGUCAGUCGCCAAUCCCCGAACAGCCUGUAGAAAGUUCCACCUCUCCCACCCCCACUCCUCCACCUAGCGGCCCACUCACAGGGGCUGAACAAGUCAGCACUGAUGAGUUCUCUUCCAAUUGGUCGGAUUCUUGUUACUCCUACCCUUGCCCAGAAGAUGACAGACCUUGCCCGCACCCUUGUCUCCAGCAUGCCCACCAUUUCUAUCAUAAGGCUCAGUCCCCUUGCUGGCCAGAGGUUGUACCCCAAGCCUCCUCGCCUCAGAGGUGGCUGGAAUACAGCCCAACCUUACUCACCCACCCUCCCUCCCUGCAGCAACUUGACAUCAACUCUAACCCCAAGCCAUGCUCCCUCCACCUCCCUAAACCAGGCCCCUCCACUGACUCGCAUGCAUCCGAAACUAAUGUCUCCCCUGUCUACGUCAAAACCCCUCUCCUCCUAACCAAGCACGACCCUUACUCUACUCCCUCCAACCCUUCCAUGUCAGCCUCUACCCCAUGGGUCGGUUGUGGCAGUGGCAGAGACAAAGGAACCAGGCUGACUAGUGCAAUGAAGGGCAAAGAACUCUCGCCCGUGAUCGGACAGAAAGGUAGACCAGUCUCCGACCACGUGACUUCCUCCAGCAGCUUGCAGCAAAACAUCGCCACGGGUCAACUGUCGAGCGAGCAGAGUCCCCACACCUUGCGCAAAGGGUCUGAAUUUCUUCUCUCUGCAGCUGCAAAGAAGGUGGUGUCGCUGCCGCCCAAAAUCUCCUUUGAGCAGACGGCGAGUCAGCCUUCCCCCGCGAGCUUGUCCCCUACCCCUCCCAGCACCCCAUCACCGUACGCUGCAAACUAUCCCCAAGCUUACACCUUGCCGCCAAGCCAGACUCCCCCCGCCGCUCCCUCCCUCUCCUCCCCCCCUUCCCAAACCAGCACUUUAACCAAAUCUCGACCCGCUCUGAAGCCAAGGCAACGACCCACACUUCCACCUCCACAACCUCCAACUUCGGGCCUAACUGGCUCCAGCCCUCAACCCUUGGACCAUUCUAUCUUAGACAACCUGUCUGCUGGAGAAAGCAUGUCCACAGGCGACAAACUUUGUGACUGGAUAUACAACCCAUUGCAUCCUGACAUCAGUGUUGAUCAGGAUAUGAAUUUGGGCAAUCCUGAUCCUCCUUUUGUACAAUCAGGAGACGUGUAUGACUUGCUGUACACUGAGCCUUCAGACCAAAUGUGCACAAACUCUGUUGCAGACUUUAUAGUGAGAGCAGAUUCCGAUGAGGAGUCGGAAAGUACUGUCCUAUGACAUUUGAACACUUCAUUAGUGGGGCUGCGGCUGUACAUACAUUACAUCAACAGGAUCUCCACAUAUAACUGCAAGAAAAUCUGCUUCCAUUAAUUGUGGCAAUGGAUACAUCUGUGUUGGUUUGGUAGUGGUUGUCAGCAAUUGAAACACUAUUUUGUUGUCCGGGAUCAAUGGUUUCUUUUUAAAACUUUUUAUUUUAGACUUGCUGAAUCAUUUUUCUUAUGAAAAAAAAAUACUUGGCCUUUCAACCUGACACUUAAUUUGCUUCCUGUAUUUUUUCCAGAAUUUUAUAAUACCUAAUUUAAAAAAUGCCAUAUCAACCAGCAAUGCUUUCAGACUAGGUAUUUAUGCAUCCUAUAUGGGGAUGGUCGUUCAAGAUUCCACACUUGGCAAAACCUUUCAUUCUUCCCAGGAAAUGCAUUUCUGCCGCCAGGAGGUCAGAAUCUUGUGUUUAUGUCAUUCCGUUGGCAGAUGAAACCUCUUUCCAUUGUACGUUGGAAUGAGCCGAUUCAAAGGGAAUAGGUAGUUGAGCCAAAACAACAUGUAAAUUGCUAUUGAAUAAAGUAAUUAUCAAAAAAAGAGAGAAUAUUUUUUUUCCUUGUCUGGAGAAAUCUUCAGUGCCCGGGAGAUGGAGAAGGAACACUCAGGGGGUGUCACCAUGCACUGUUAGUAAGAAGUUAAACUGUUCUUAUACCCACCCACGCAUGACACCAGCCAGUCAAAGGUUUUAACCCCCCCCCCCCCCCCACCCCUGCAAUCUCACAGUACACAGUUGCAAAGAAAAUCUAUUUCUCAAAAGACAACAUGAAAAUGAGACUUUAUUUUCAUUGUAAUAUAAAUUAUAAAAUAAAAUAUAGUUCUGCAUCCUAUUGUGCACAUCCUAGUAUAUGUUUACACCAUUCAGAGGAGAAAUACGUUACAUGCUACAACAUAGUUUAAAUUUUAUCUGAUAUGGGCACCGAGCCUGAUAAUUGCCAAUUCUGAAAGUAAUUUUAUUUUCCAGAGAAAGAGGAAGAAAGUUGUCAUGAUUGUACUGAAGUCUGUAUGUGAAUGAUGACUAACUAUUGCAAUGGAUUGUUGUGGCUGUAAAUCUUUUCAUUCUUAUCAUGCCAGAAUACCUUGUAUGAAUAGAAUUUUAUUAAUGUCCAUGUAAAUGUUGUAUUAAAAAAUAUACUGUGUAUUUAAGGGAAUGGGACUAGACUGGCAAUUGGUUAUGUGGCUAUUGCCUUUGUUAAUGUACAGGAUCUAAUUCAUUGCUGAGCACAGUGACAUUUUAAAUGAUCAGAAAAGAGUGUAGAGUUAUGAGAGAACAUAAUAUAUCUGUUAUAUAAACACUUGUUUCAUGCAUUAUGUUUCACUGAAAAAUAUAUAAUUAUAGUGCUUUAAAUUACAAUUCUUGAAAUUAGGGGGCUUAGUGGCAAUGUCUCAGAAAUAGUGCUGAUUCCCUCGUCCGUGGUUUUGUGUCUAAAACCUGAAGAAAAACUGAACUGAAAAUUAAAAAAAUAUUACAACAUGUAGAGCAAACUUGAUGUGUUCUGGAAAAAAAAUGUUUCAAUUUCAUAUCAGCAAAAAAAUAAAUAAAAUGUACACUUUGACAAAAUA